GUCUUAGAUUUCUGCAAUCUGCUGCGUCGAGAGAAAUCCUAAUUUCUCAAUCUCUGAGAAUUCUGUUUGCUACUUUUUUUCUUUUUUUCUUUUUUUUUUUUGAGUCGAAGUAAGGUGUAUCAAUGGCUGGAAAAGGUGAGGGACUAGCUAUCGAAAUCGAUUUGGGUACCACAUACUCCUGCGUCAGAGUGUGGCAACAUGACAGAGUAGAGAUCAUAGCUAACAACCAAGGCAACAGAACCACACAGUCCUAUGUGGCUUUCACAGAAACUGAGCCCCUAAUUGGUGACGCCGCCAAGAACCAGCUGGCCUUGAACCCCACCAACACCGUAUUCGAUUUUGAUAACAGAAUGGUCAACCAUUUGUUAAGGAGUUCAAGAGAAACCGUAAGAGCUUUGAGGAGGCUGAGGACUGCUUGCAAGAGGGCUAAGAGGACUCUGUCAUCUACUGCUCAGACUACCAUUGAGACUGAUUCUCUCUGUGAAGGUAUCAAUUUCUAUUCGACAAUUACUAGUGCAAGAUGGACAAGAGUAGCGUCCACGAUGUUGUUCUUGUUGGUGGUUCUACCGAAAUUCCAAAGGUGCAGAAGAAGUCUUUGCAAGAGCAUCAAUCCAGAUGAAGCUGUUGCUUGUAGUGCUGCUGCUCAGGCUGUCAUCGUAAGUGGUGAGGUCCAUGAGGGUGAAAGAGCAAGAACAAAGGACAAUAAUCUGUUGGGCAAGUUUGAGCUUACUGGUAUUCCUCUAGCACCUAGGGGUGUGCCUCAAAUCAAUUUCUGUUUUGACAUUCACGCAAAUGGUAUCUUGAAUGCCUCUGCCGAGGACAAGACUACUGGCCAGAAGAGCAAGAUCACAAUCACCAACGACAAUGGUAGGCUGUCCAAGGAAGAAAUUGAGAAGAUGGUACAAGUGGCGGAGAAAUACAAGGCCUUGACAAGGAACACAAGAAGAAGGUUAAAGCCAAGAAUGCUAUGGAGAAUUAUGCAUACAACACGAGGAGCACAGUGAGAGAUGACAAGAUCAGCUCCUAACUUGAUCUAGCUGAUAAGAAGAAGAUUGAAUAUGCUAUACAUUGAUCAGGCUAUUCAUUGGUUGGAUGGCAGCCAAUUAGUUGAGGCAGAUGAACUUGAGGACAAAAUGAAGGAGUUGGAGAGCUAGCAUUUGCAAUCCCAUUAUAGCCAAGAUGUACCAGGGAGGAGCUAAGUUAGACUGCAAAAUAAAGAUUCCCUAAAUUA